GUAUAAAACGCGCAACGCGUACGACUAACUUAAUGAGAGUGCGUCCGGAAUGAGUCCAAGGGUUUUGCGGCAUAAGUUCUCCUAUUAUCUCAAAAUUAAGGUUGUGAGUAUUCAAAAGAUUUGUUUUUAGUCGAUGGAGGACUGUUUCUAAGCUACAAUUUCGCCUGACCGAUCGCAAUCUUCUGAUCCACGCAAGUGACUGACUCGGCAAUCCGAGAGCGCUUUGAUUUAAAUCAAUUCUAUUAGAAACAGUGCGUUAUGUCGGAUCUGGAAGACAUCGAAGAUGUAUUUGAGGUAGGUAAUUUACAUAUCAGGAAAUGUGUUUGUAUGUGGCUUGUCAGGAAGGUUGUGAAAAGAAACCCUGUUAUACUAAGUCUGUUACGGUACUUUACGUGACCUUGGUGCUGAAGUUAGAAACUAGCUGGUGACUUUAAGUUUAUCUCAUCUCGGAACAAGCACAGACAUGAACGAUAUUAUUUACUCACUGUCCUCCCAACAUACUUUUGCGAUUCGAUGAAAUCUCAAGUAAGCCUACGUAAUUACUAUUACUGUGUUUGUUUUAGUUUUGUUUAGAUAGGUGUCAGUAUGAACUCCAUAUAAGGCUAAAAUUCCGGUUGUGUCCUCGUGUACCGGUACACAAAGGAACGAAACAUUAACGAACUGCGUCACAACUCCAUGUAUGGAUAUGAAAACAAUAGGAAUUCCCCCGUGUACCGGUACACCAGGACAGCCCCAAAAUUCCUUUUUGAUGCAAGCAGAAAUGAACAGACUAGCAGUUGAAAUUGCAAUCAUCUACUAAAGAAAGACAUGCACAAGACUGUUUAUUCAUAUGCUGUGCACACCAUAAUGUUAAUACAAAUAAAGGGUUAGUCAUCUUAUGUUCAGUUCAGUACCCACUGGGUGAUGUUUCUAAGAUGAAUAAAAAUGGUUGAAUGAACAGGGGAUUUCAUUUGCAUAAGUCAGAGUUGAAGCCAUGGAAUUUUUGAAAGUAGGUUCGAGAAAAAUGGGUAACACAUUAAGAGAUAUCCUUACUACUAUAACAUAGGUAUGAUAAUGAUGAAUUGAAAAUAUACUUCAUGAUAAACAAAAAGAUUCACAAAGUAUUCAUAAUUACAACCAUCAGCACAAUGUAGUUUUUUAAUCUGAAUUCUUUAUGUUACUUGUCAGGGGUGGCUAGAGAAACCGACAGAAGAUGAUGCAAAAAGCAAAGGCUGGUUGAAAAAGUCUUUCACAAAGAAAUGGAAGAAGAGUUACUAUGUGCUACGAAAAUAUUGUGCUGGAGACCAACCUUUCCUGCAGUGGUUUGAUAGAGAAGAAGGAUGGCAGAGGCAAAUGGCACGAGGGACAUUGGAAUUGUUUCCUAGAUACAAGGUGUUCAAAAGAAUGGAACAAAAGUCGAGACAGUAUGUAUUUGAGAUCAGUACUGAUGCUGAAACAUUGAUGUUGGCUGCAGAGAGUGAGACUGUGAUGGACCUGUGGGUGAUUCAGUUACAAAUGCAAACUACUUUAAAUCCACGAGUAGCAGGUUAGAGUCAAAAAACCCAUUUAUGCCUCUGGUGCUUUGGGCUCAUGAAACUGCUAUCAAACAGAAUGUUUCUGAAAUGCUUAGUCUAACAAGGGUAACCAGUCCUUGUAAACAUGGUGUAUCCCAAUUUGUCUUGUAGGUGAGGUCUUCAGGGUCAAAGGCAGUGGCAGCCGACAAAUGCAGAGAAUAGGAGCUAAGGACCAACAGUGUCUCUUACACAUUUCCAGGUGGGGUUUGUCCCUGGCUUUAGAGCGUACUCGAGCUGUGCUGGCUCAGUGGCCCUUGACAACAAUUCGCAACUAUGAAGCUCUAGAUUCCAAUGAAUUUAUCUUUGAGGCUGGCAGGGCAUCCCCUAUGGGUGAAGGGAAAUACAACUUUGUCACACGCAAUGGUGAUGACAACAAGAUUUUUGAUGCCAUAGACAGUUUUGCUUCUGCUCGUGUCAGGAGGGGAAGGAACUUCCAUUCCCCAUCAGCUUCAAAUGAGCUGACAGAAGAUGACAUUGAACGUGCCUAUGAUCAACUCAGGUUUAGCCUCCAAAACUUCCCAGGUAUUUAUAAUGAUUUUGUUAAGUUUUUUUUUCUUCUAAUUGUACAAAAUUGGGAUAAACGGGUUUUGUCUAUGUAGAAACACUUGGGAAUGUUCAGGCAUGCAGAAUAGACUUCUGAAAAACUGUUAGCAAUUUCAGGUUACUACACAACUUCACAAAUGAACUCUGGCUGAUUGAGUCAUAAUAAUUUUCCUUAUCUCCAGGGAAUCGAGACAGAUCUGUUAGACAUAUGAGCCAGAGUGUGCCACGACCCAUUGACACAGGGACACCACAGCAAGCAUAUAAUCACAUAGGCAGAUCAGAUAGUAUAGGCAGUGCGCAUAGUCUUGGCAGCUUCUCAAUGGUCUCAGAAUCUGCUCUAAGCUACAGUCGCCUGGAGAGGCUACCAAGCUGGGGUUCCCAUACAUCCAGUUCAACUUAUCCGAGGGACCAGUACAACACACUUAGUUCAGUGCAGACGGAAAACACCAUACAGGAAGGAAGCUAUGACAGACUAGCCCGCUCACCAAGUACUUCAAGCCGUAACUUUUCUCAAUCACUGGUAAGUGAUUGCAAUAAUGCUGUUAAUGGUGAUUCACCUUUCUUUGUUAUUUUUACAGGAAUGGGUAAUAGUCCUCUUAAAAAUUAAUAUGUUUGACAUCCUUUUUAUCCAGAGUUACCCACCACUGUAUCUUAGAAAAGUGUGCAGCUAUAAUUUGGUGGGAAGUUAAUUCUGAUAGAAAACAAUCAUAAGGUUGAAAAAAGAGAAAAAUGGUCAUGCAGGGAAAUAAAAGAAAACUUAAGAGGUCUCAAGUAGAUGCAGGUCAUUGAGUGGAAUAAAAACCUGUCUUCUUUUAACUUACAAGUUGUUCUGCUUGCCAGACAGGCCUGACUCCAUGAUACAUCUUGUGGUGUUUACAGGACACAAGAUCUCAAAUGGAACAGAGACAUUUGAUGCAGGAGGAGCCAUCUGCCGGCCAGAAAUCACAUGGGACAAAAAUGGCACCCGCUAUACCCAAAAAGAAGAAUGAAUUAACAAAUGGUAAUGAGCAUUCAAAAGAACCCAGUGCAACUCCAAAAAAUCAAAAACCAUCCAGUGUACCAAGAUCAGCUCAGCAAGUUGCAUCUGAUGAUCAUGCUGAGAGAACACAAAGCUUUUCACGUGGUGAGAAACCUUUAUCUGUAGUUGGCUCUCCAAACUUUUUUUAUAUGAAUGCAGCAUAUUCCUCUAGUGUUGAGGUUUUGCCAGUACUCUAUGCUACUGUGGAUCUAAGUAAAAAGACAAAGAAUAAAAAUCCAGCAGAAAGAGCAUCAGAUAAUGCAGUGACUCUUACAAGACAUCAAAGUAAGAGCUCUGAUAGCAUCUUGGAAGGGUCACCACCAAAAUUCACCCACUUUGCAGCUUUUGCAACAGGUACUGAGUGUAAAGACUAUGAAGAUGCAUGCAUUACCAUGAUCCCUCCACAAAAACCUAGUACUGAAAGAGUUUCCUGGGCUCAUGCUAACCUUGUUAACCAAUCAGACCCUCAAGGAGAAAGAGCCGAGGGUGUUACUAAUCUGCCUGUAUUACCUGAAAAGAAGGGCUCAUACCAAGGUCAGGUAGAAGCAUUGGAGAGGACAUUAACAGAAGUGUCACACCUUACUCAACAAGAAAAGUAA